GACCAGGAGACACGGCACUGAGAGAGAGAGAGAGAGAGAGAGAGAGAGAGAGAGAGAGAGAGAGAGAGAGGGAGAGAGGGGGGCUCCAGUGGGAUAAAUCAGGUGAUCAAGCAGGAGUGACUUGAGAUAAAAACAAGACAAGAGCAAGAGACAACCUCCUACCUAAGCGCAGCCAUAAAAUGAAUUCGGACUCCAGCUCCUCCAGCAGAGCCUCCUCUCCAGACAUGGAUGGGAUGUACCACCACCACCACCUCCAUCCUCAGGACGGACGCCUGAACUCGGUGUCCUCCACCCAGAGCGAGCUGCUCCAGAAGAUGACGCGCGAGCACGCGGCCAAGUCGCCCUCCGGCAGCAAGUACAAGCUCAAGAAGCAGGUGACCGAGCAGGAGGUCCAGCAGCUGCGCUUGAAGAUCAACGGCCGCGAGCGCAAGCGCAUGCACGACCUGAACCUGGCGAUGGACGGGCUCCGAGAGGUCAUGCCGUACGCGCACGGGCCGUCGGUGCGCAAGCUCUCCAAGAUCGCCACGCUUCUGCUGGCCAGAAACUACAUCCUGAUGCUGACGAGCUCGCUGGACGAGAUGAAGCGGCUGGUGGGUGAGAUCUACGGCGGCCACAACUCGGCAUUUCACUGCGGGACGGCGAGCCACGGCGGCUCGAGCGCGGCCGCGCAUCAGGUGCAUCACCAGGUGCAUCCUCUCCUCGGGAGCGCGCUGACCUCGUCGGCCUCCGCGACGUUUUCCAGCACGUUACCGGGACUUACCUCCAUCAGGGCGCCGCACUCUUUGAUGAAGAGCACCCCUGCCCCUCCGCUGCAGCUCGGGGGCUCGUUCCAGCACUGGACGGGCUUGCCGUGCCCCUGCACGAUUUGUCAGGUGCCCCCGCCUCCCCACCUGUCCAUCACCUCCACAGGACUGACGAGGCUUUCCACAGAGAACAAGGACGCGAUGAAGUGAACAGCAACGGACUGGACUUUGCAUGAUCUGUUUGUCUGUCUGUUUGUUCGUUCGUUUGUUUUAGCCCUUACGAGUUCUAACUUCGUCCUUGUAACAAGGAUCACUUCGAUUGCUUUGUAAGGUAACUACUGAACCGUUAUGGAGUACGUGCUGCAUAACGCGCUGUAAAUUGACUGUAAAUGAGAGUGAAUGGUUCUAUUUGAGUUGGAGUCUGUGUUUGAAGCUGUCCUGGAACGCGAGCACUCACUCCCCUUACAGAAAUUCGCUGUGGUAACCAUAAAAAAGUUUCUGGUAACACUUUAUUUUGAUGGUCCCUUUUGAGCAUUCUUUUGAAAAUAAGUAACUUUGCACUUACUUGUCAGCUAACUCUCAUUCGAGUGCAAGUCGACUGCCUGACUAAUAUCUGCUAACUCUUUAUUGUGAGGCU